UGCGCCUGCGCUGUAAACUUCAUUCGAGGAAGUAGCAGGAGAGGCAACUCAAACAAACGACACAGAAGAGUUUGUUAUUCGGGGCAAAACAUCACACAUCCUUUCCAAAAUGUCGGGAUUUGACAACAACCCGUUCGCGGAUCCUGCCGGCGACAACCCUUUCAAUGAUCCUUCAGUCACACAAGUGACCAACUCCAGCAUAGAAACAGCUGACCAGUACAACUCUUUUCCUGCCCAUCCCACAGACGGCCUGGCUGUUCACACCACUCCAGCCUCCACCUCUCCCUAUCAGCCUGCUGUGUUACAGCCGUCUACAGAGCCCAGUCCACAGGCGACUGCUGCUGCAGCUCAGGCCAAUCUGCUGAGGCAGCAGGAGGAGCUGGAGAGAAAAGCUGCCGAGCUGGACCGCAGAGAGCAGGAGCUACAGAGCAGAGGCUCGUCAGGUAAAGAGAACAACUGGCCUCCCCUCCCUAAGAGCUUCCCCAUCAGGCCAUGUUUCUAUCAGGACUUCUCAGAGGAAAUCCCUCCAGAGUACCAGAGAGUCUGCAAGAUGAUGUACUAUCUGUGGAUGUUCAACUGUGUGACUCUGUUCCUCAACCUGCUGGCGUGCUUGGCUUACUUCAUAACAGCUGCGUCCCAAGGGGUGGAUUUCGGCCUCUCAAUCCUCUGGCUCAUCCUCUUCGCUCCCUGCUCCUUCCUGUGCUGGUACCGGCCCAUCUACAAGGCCUUCAAGACUGACAGCUCCUUCAGCUUCUUCUUCUUCUUCUUCGUGUUUUUCUUCCAAGUGGUGAUCUUAAUCAUCCAGGCGGUAGGCAUCCCCAAUUGGGGGAACAGUGGAUGGAUCGCUGCCUUCACAAGUCUCACCAGCAACAAGGCAGUGGGAGCCAUCAUGAUCAUAGUGGCCAUCUUGUUCACCAUCUGUGCUGUGCUGUCUGUCAUCCUGCUCAAGAUGGUCCACAGCAUGUACCGCCGGACUGGGGCCAGUUUCCAGAAGGCCCAGCAGGAAUUUUCACAGGGCGUCUUCACCAGUAAAACCUUCCAAACGGCUGCUGCCAGUGCAGCAACCUCUGCUGCCCAGGGAGGCUUCCAGGCAAACAACUAAUGGUAGAUGGAGCUAAGCUAAGCUCCAUUUAGCAGGUCAAGGUCUACAUGUUAUCAGGUCUAGAUUAUAAACUAAAACAUAGCUGAACAACGCAGGAAGUUUAGGCUCAUUGAGUACAUGGUUGCCGCCAAAGAAGCAGGAAGUCAUUGUGAUGCUCAGAACAUUUCUCAUCCUUGGGAGCCAGCAGCUGCAAAUUGUAAUCUAACCUAAUAAUGUAUAGACCUUGAGCUCAGUGAGGCUGUAAUAGUGGCCUCCCUCCUUUCAUCCCCAACAUCAAUGCACAUGUAAUUCCCCGUAUUAACUUUGCUUUACUCAGUCAGCGUGUCUCCUGCAGAGUGACUUCGUCUGCCUCUGUUUGGGUGUUUAAAAGGCAGACGAGGGGAAAGUCACACAUCAAGUGCAUUAUUUGGUGGAAAGCAUGAAUGAAGCUCACUGAUUGCUACUUCAGUGUGUCCUGGCUUUGUAUAUUUUGUGUGCACUUUUUUUUGGCAAUGCUCUUUGGUGUAAUAUGUGACUGUGUGUGUGUGCGUGUGCGUGUGUGUACUGGUGUGCUGAUCACAUGUAUUCAUGUGGGUGCAGUAUGCUUUUGUUUCUCCACACUGAUGGUGGACCCCGAUCCUGUAAUAUAGGAGCGAUGAAGUAUUUCUGGUCAUUAAUUGGCAUUUUUUUUCCAUCUCAAAAGCAUUUCUUUCGCAACCCUGAUCCCUUAGACAAUUGGACGAUGUGUAAAAACGGUAAAUAAAAAAAACAGAAAGUGUUCCUGAGCUCAUGUAGUAAUACGGUUCAGACAGUCGUGUGUUUCACAAAGUGGUGAACUUCAGCCAAUCCUUCCUUGUGAAUCACUCAGCCUUUCAUAGCAGUCAUAAUACCUGAGGUUCCAUACAGGUGAUUUUUGAGCAUUUCACAACGUUCUCAUACUUUUGUUGCUCUUCCAUGUUUGAAACAUGUCACAGAAUAGGAAUGUAUUUACAAAAAUCAGUGACUUUGAUGAGUUCAAACAUUAAAUAACUUGUUUUGUACUGUGUUCAAUUGAGAUUAUGUCUUAAAAGGACAAAUAAAUGAUCACAUACUGUUUUAGUUUUGUUUUACACAGUGUCUCAGUGUUUUUGGAGUCAGGGUUUUAUGUUGUUGAGCCUGUUUUGGCGAAUCAUUUCUUUUGUGUGCUGCAAAUAAUAAGGAAGAAAAGUAACUGUAGAUUAGAUGUUUUGGGUAUUCAUGUCACUGUAUCUUCAAUCUGUGGACAACUAUUUAAUGAAGAAAAUACUCCCAACCACUUUCAGGGGUUGUCAGUUUUUGAAAUGUGUGCCUUUGGCUUUUGCCUGGAAAGUUUUUGUUGUCCUUGUCAGAAAAUCAGUGGAAAUACUGUAUAUUUUGGUAUCACAUGAUGCUUUCUACAUAAAGACCACAUCCACAGAGGGAGAAAAAAAAUCAAAGUGUUUAGCUUCAAUCAAUUUCAAGCAAAUUAAAUUUCCACCUAAGUUUAGAUGCAGCUUCAACUACAUCUUUGAUCACUGCUUUGCUCAAAUGGUGUUACUAAGGACACCAAAGCAAUACUAACUGUAAAACGGAAAAUUUUGCUAAAAAACAAACAAAACGGUAUUUUCUCCAAGCAGAUUGGCACCAGUUAAUACAGUUGCCUUGAUGGGCUGAGCCUGUUGAGUGUCAAUGAGUGUUAAAUUUUAGGAAUAAUUGGAUUCUCAGGCUCAGAUUUCACGGCAGUCUUAUGAGGCUUUCACAUGUUCAACGGGAGAAGCAGGACCUGAAUCCCAGAUUUCCUUGAUGGGUGUCUUCUAAUUUCUACUACAGUGGUGCAAAUGUUCCUAACACUUCCCUUCCCCAAGUCUUCCUUGCACCUUUCUAAGACCAAGUUCUAAAUUAUUUACUUUGUACUGAUGUAUAUUUUCUAUGUGAUUUGUAAUAUUGAAAAAAACAUAUGUGUGUUUAACUGAUGACCUGUUUUAAAACAUCAGCUUAGAUGUAACAUAUUAGCAUUUCAAAAGAACGACUGCAAACUCACAGUAUUUUUUGUGAUGUUAUUGCAACAGGUAUUGGUCUAAUUUAAGGUUUGAUCUUACAUCAUGAUUCAUUGAAUCAUUGAUCAUUCAGUGAUCAUUCACACAUCUCAUGCAUUGUUUUGGGGCAACAGAAUUCAAUGCUUUUUGUAUUUCAAUGUUGAAUAUAGCAAUCUAAUAAAAUGCUUUGCUUUGA